AAUGUCGUUGAAUGCAUCACGUGCACCUUAUGCUCGUUUGAUAAAUUUUCACCGAUGUGUGUUCCGAUGUUCGUGCGCGCGCACAGAUGCUGCACUGGCUUUGCAUGUACAGCCUCCCAAGUCUCCAGGCGUUCUGUUUCGGACAUGUGAUCUUGUGCACAAUGAACUGUUUUUCUGUAAUUAUGACUUUACUACAGUGAAAUAGCACUCCUACAAAUUGCCAAGAGAGGAAGGGCAGCAAGUCACUGCUUUUGUCUAAAUUAAACUCGUCUUCAAGCUGUAUUCACAAUAUGGCACCUGUUUUGUUUUUUGCAUGCGUUUCAGUUCCUGGACCUGCACUUCAACUAGCGCGCCUCCGACUUGCCGCUGCAGCUAGAACCGGUCUUACCUGCGGGUCCGCAGACGUCAGCAGGUGUAGCAACAAAUGGACAGGGCGGCUGCGCGCAAGAAAAUCGCCAUCGAACCGCAGCGCAACCAUAAAACAAUACCCGAAUAAAACGGUUAAGCUUUGUGUGCCGCUCGAGGGGAAGCCGAGUCGAUCACGCGGGGCUGACUGAGUGACAUGGCGGGAGCGCAGACCCGGCGGGUGGUGAUCGCGGUGGCCAUCUUCAUCCUAAUGAUGCUGUCCAUCUUGUACAGUGCCAGCACCAGCGACAGCCAGGCGCCCUACGCGCCCUUCGACAUGGCCCAAAACCACACGCCCCGGCCCACCAACCUCAAGACAUGGGCCACCAAAGACGACUACGUGCCCGUCUUAGGUGAAGAGGUAAGGCCCACCGCGGUAUUACCUUUUCAACCUGCUGCAAUUUUGUUUUUUCAGAGAAUGACCCAGCACUGCCAGCACUGCGCCCUGGUCAGCAGCUCCAGCCAUGUGCUGGGCACCAAAGCGGGCGAGCAGAUCGACGCCACUGAGUGCGUAAUCCGCAUGAACGACGCGCCGACGACGGGCUACGAGGCCGACGUGGGCAAGCGCACAACGCUGCGGGUGGUGGGCCACUCCAGCGUGUACCGACUGGUCAGUCGCCCCGACGAGUUCAUGGUUGGGGGCGUUGACUACCAGCGCAUCAUCGUCUUUUGGGGACCCCCAAGCAAGAUCACCAAGGACUCCAAAGCCACCAUGUACACAUCCAUCCAGAAGAUUUGCUCCACCUACAAGCGAGCACUGUGUUUUACCUUGGCGCCUGAGAAAAUGUCCAGAUUCGACAAGCUCUUUGAAUGGGAGACGGGCCGAGACAGAUUCAAAUCAAACUCGUGGCUGACCACGGGCUGGUUCACCAUGGUCAUCGCCAUCGAAAUAUGUGACAACAUCAAAGUGUACGGGAUGGUUCCGCCCAGUUACUGCGGGAACCGAACAAGAUCCAAGAUGCUGUAUCACUACUACAAGCCACGCGGUUCAGAUGAGUGCGUGAAAUUCAUGCAGAGCCAGAACAUCCAAAGAGGGAAUUACCAUCGCUUCAUCACUGAAAAGCAGGUGUUUGCCCGCUGGGCACAGCACUACAACAUCACCUUCGCGCAUCCCAAGUGGUGAGCGGACCCUUGGAUGCAGAAGAGGGGGGGGAGGCAUUCAAUCUCAGGGAUCUCUUGCCAUCUCCAGUUCUUCAGAUGUGACAGUUUGAUAUUUCUUUUCCACCAUGUUACUGCUGUGCUGAUUUCGCAGGAUUUGGGGGACUGAGACCUGAAAAAUACAUAAAUAAAAAAAAUUCUAUUUAUACCCUUCCAGUAAUAAAAACACACAUUUUAUUAGGUA